AUCAAGCAAAAGAAAAAAAAAAAAAAAAAAAAAACCUCUAACCAGAUCUCUCCUACGAUCGAUCCAUGGCGAAGGAAUUCAACGUGCCGCCGGUGAUUUUCCCGUCCGGCGGUAAUCCCGCGGCGCCUGCAUCCGGUCCGCAGCAACGGCGUCUCCCCACCGCACCCUUCCAGCCACCGAGAUCCUCAAACCCCGGCCUCCCUUUCCUCUCAUUCGACAUCAGCUCCGCCGCCGCGUCCACCUCUUUCUCCGCCGCCCCUCAGUUUCCGUCCAACAUCGGUGGCGGCGGAAUAGGAGGCGUCGGGUUCGACGACGAGCCGCCGCUCCUCGAAGAACUCGGCAUAAACACCAAGCAAAUCUACCAGAAAACCCUCUCAAUCCUCAACCCUUUCAGAAUCAACCACCACCUCCACGAAGACGCCGAUCUGUCCGGACCGUUCAUCUUCCUAAUGGCGUUCGGACUGUUUCAGCUCCUCGCCGGAAAACUGCACUUCGGAAUCAUCCUCGGGUGGGUGACGAUGGCGUCGAUGUUUCUCUACGUCAUCUUCAAUAUGCUCGCCGGCAAAAACGGGAAUUUGGAUAUGUACAAGUGUCUCAGCCUGAUUGGCUACUGUAUGUUGCCGAUCGUGAUGCUGUCCGCGCUCUCUCUCUUCGUGCCGCAAGGCGGAAUGGUGAUUAUGGUGAUAACGGGGCUUUUCGUAAUCUGGUCCACACGCGUCUGCACGGGAUUGGUCGUGGAGCUGGCUAACUGCGGGGACGAGCAUCGCGGACUAAUCGCGUACGCUUGCUUCUUGAUUUACAUGCUUUUUUCGCUGCUUGUGAUUUUCUAGCUCGAAAAUACAUUUCACGAGAUCGAAUCGUACAAUUUGAUUAGCUUUCAUACCUUAGUUUGGAUGUUUUUUGUCUUUCUUUUUACUUUCUAGUAAGGGUUUUCGGUGAAUAGAAAUAUAAUCAGAACUUUUUAUAUGGUGUUGAUGCAAUUGAUUAUGGAAUCAAGAGCUUAUUGAUUGUGUGGUGGAUGAAUCAUGGUUGGAACGUAAUUCAAAGGAGUUCGGAUUUUUUUUAUUUUUAUUUUUAAUUUGGAGU